AUGUCUGGAAACACUCCUCAUGCUUUUAAAGGAUCGUUAGUCUUGUCUUAUCUCGGUCUACCCGAGCAGUACGAACCAUCUCCCAACGCCGAUCCCAUUCAGUUCCUCCUCAAGCAUCUUCUCGAGUUACCCCCUCACCUGUCGAUGUUAUUCUCUUCCGUUACCACUCCGAAACAGAGAACGGUAGUCUCAGCUAUUCGUAACAGACGGCUAAGAUACACGGAGACUGACCCUGUGGAACUCCGCUUCGCCUCCUCCAAAGUGACUUGGCCCACUCUCUGGGGCAACGAACGUCCGGGACAGCACGAGGCCGCAGAUGAACGCGAUUGGGUUGAGAGGGAAUUCCUAGGCAGCCUUAAGCCGCAUGUUGGAAAGCUCGGGAUGUUGCUUGGUGGUUACGAGGAGGAGCGCGCGCUUGAACGAAUCAGGACGUUGAGAAGGGAACAGGCGGAGUUGCUUGAUUCCCUGCCAGAAGAGGACGAGAGUGAAGACGAGGACAAUGAAGAGCAGCCUGCUAACCUCACACCUGAGGCUUCUGCUGAAGAUGCAGAGUCUCUCUUCUUGCGUUCAGUCAAAGAACGUUUCAUCUAUGGGUUGCUCGAGUCAAUUGACUACGAUAAGGUUGACUGGGACGAGCGGUGGGAUACCGCUCGUGACAGGGAUGCGGAAGAACGGUGGUUUGAUGAUGAAGAGGAAGGCAUCGAGGUGACACCUAGUUUCCCCGAGGAAUAA